AUGGAUAUCGUAGCUUCGCUCAAGGACACGGAUAUCGCAGUGAUCUUCAAUCCCACCAGAGACGCGUUUGUGCCCCUUCUUGAGGCUCAUCGCGCCGAUAUCGAGAGCAUUAAAAGGACAACAUUCAAGUAUGGCAUAACGGAGAGGCAGCAACUCGACGUGUACCAUCCUCCUUCAGACAGCACGCUUACAAGUAGGAAGGCGCCAUUACUAUUCUUCGUGUACGGUGGUGGCUUCGUUGAGGGCGAUAGGCAGUUCUCCUCUCCGUACGAUCUCGGUUACGUGAACGUCGGUGCCUUCUUCGCCAAGCAAGGCUUUCUAACCGUCAUCCCCGACUACCGGCUGGUGCCCUCAGUAACCUAUCCCGAGCCAGUAAAGGACGUCCGGGACGCGAUCAGCUGGGUGGUGGAGAACGCUGAGAAGAUUACCAGCGAAGCCAGCAUCCAGGUUGACCUGCACAGCAUCUUCCUGAUGGGUCAUUCUGCAGGCGCCACCCACGUCUCAACCGCGAUACUCUACCCCGGAUUGAUCCCCGCGGGCAUUCGCGCUCGGAUCCGCGGGCUCAUCUUGAAGGGUGGCGCUUUCAGCUUCGCUGAAGAAGAUGGUGUGGGGCCCCUCAUUCUGCCGUACUACCUCUCUUGGGAAGUAGCGCGUGCGCAGAUGCCCACAACGCUGGUCGAGCGGGCUUCCGAUGAUGUUAUCGCGAACUUCCCUGAUGUGUUGUUGAUGGCGAGCGAGAGGGAGCCACGCGGAGGAUGGAAAAUGAGUGAGGAUUUUGCUGCAAUAUUGAAGAAGCGGAUGGGGAACAACUUCGUGGUGGUGCCAAUGAAGGGCCACAACCACAUCAGCCCGCACUGGGCGCUGUGCACAGGCCAGGGGGAGGAUUGGGCCGUGGAGGUUGCGGAGUGGAUUAAGGUCAGAGCUGCGUCGAAAUGA